AUGGGAAAUAGUUCGUCAAAAAGAAAAUCAACAAAGAAUAAUAAUAAUUUACCAGAUAAUAAUAAACAGGUUGAAAAACCAGUUGCUAUUUCAAAUGAACCAGCUGAACAACCUCCAGUUACUCCAGUAUCAACAGAACCUGAAAUAAACAAAGAGAAUGAUCAACCAGUCGAUGAAUCCAAACCAGUAGGAAGUACUUCUCCAAUUGAAAAUCCACCUUCUAUAGAUACUUUACCAAGUCAAAUCGAGAAUUGCGAACCAAAGCCAGUAGGAGAAGAAGAAAAACCAAAAGAGGUAGUCGUGGAAGAUGCUAAGCCAGAAGAGUCUCCAAUUGUAGAACCCAAUCAACCAAAGCUAGAAGAACCAGAACAACCAAAGUUGGAAGAGAUUGAAGAUGAAAAACCAAAGAUCGAGGAGGAACCAGAACAACCAAAGUUGGAAGAGAUUGAAGAGGAGAAACCAAAGACUGAGGAGGAACACCCUCUUCCACCAAUCGAUGAAGCCGAGAAUAUUGCAGUAGAGAGAGUUAGACGUCCAACUAGAGCAGAGGUUGAACUAUUGAAUCUAUUCGAAUCAGAAGCAAAUAAAUCAGAUCUACCACCAGACUACAAACCAAAGGAAAUCAAUUUAGAGCAGUACCAACAAGAUCUUCCAAAGAAAUCAUUGUCACGAAAGAAAUCACUUCGUAUGAAAUUCUACAAUACUUUUUCAAAGAAGAGAUCAACUAAAUAUGAAAACGAUUUGGCAGCCGAAGAGAACGAACCAAAGUCAAGCAGUUCCAACUCAAAGAGAAAGGAAUUGAAUCGUACCACUUCUUCUAUUCCAAACAACUUUAAUAGCAUCGAUGGUACCACUGAGAACAGGGAGGAUCACGACCCAGUUCAAAAGAAGAAAUAUCUUACUCUCUCUGGUAGAAUGAAUACUUUGAGAAAGAUUAUUUUCACACCACCCGAACCAAAGGAUAAGGACAUCGAGGAACUAAAAGAGAGAAUGAGAGAAGAGGAGCAAAAGUCAGUUGAAGAAAAACCAAAGAAAAAAUCAAUUUUUAACUCUGAAGAUAUUGCAAGAUAUGGAUCUUACAUUACUAAAGAAGUUGGACAUGUAUUUAUGUUUAGUGGAAAUUGUGGAUCAGCUUAUUUCUUCUAA